CGCAAAGUUGAUGGAGUGUGCAAUGGUGAUUGAAGUUACAUUUUGUUUAUUGUUUUAAUUACAAUCUUAUUAUUUUUUUAUUCGAUCUUUACAAUGAACUUAUCUGAAGAUAACGCGUUUGGAAAUGGCCUAUUGUAUGUGGGUUUUAACCAAGAUCAAGGUUGUUUCGCUUGUGGCACUGAGAAUGGGUUCCGCGUCUUUAAUAGUGAUCCUUUGAAAGAAAAAGAAAGGCAAAAUUUCGCCGAAGGAGGCCUGUCUUACGUAGAGAUGUUGUUUAGAUGUAACUAUAUGGCUUUAGUCGGGGGUGGAAAAACCCCCGUUUAUCCUCCAAACAGAGUUAUCAUUUGGGAUGAUUUGAAGAAAGAUUCUGCUAUUUCCCUUGAUUUUAAUAGCCCUGUUAAAGCUGUGAAGCUACGCAGAGAUCGAAUUGUUGUUGUUUUGGAAAAUUUAAUAAAGGUUUAUACAUUUACUGCUCAGCCACAGCUACUUCAUGUUUUUGAGACAUGCCAAAACUCUCGUGGGCUAUGUGUUGUGUGCCCAAACAGCAAUAAUGCAUUGCUUGCCUAUCCAAGUAGAAAACCCGGUCAUGUUCAACUGGUGGAGUUGAGCAGUCAUGCAGGAACCAGCACAGCACCAGAAGGACAUCUAAUAGCUGCUCACGAGGCUCCACUGGGCUGCCUGGCUCUGAACGUAGGAGGCACUAGGCUGGCCACUGCCUCGACCAAAGGCACACUCAUUCGUGUAUUUGACACUUCUACCGGACAAAAGCUUGCUGAAUUAAGACGAGGGGCUCAUCAGGCAACUAUCUACUGUAUUAACUUUAACCACACAAGCACUAACUUGUGUGUGACAUCGGACCAUGGAACAGUUCAUGUAUUCAGUCUAGAAGAUGAGAAAUUGAAUAAGCAGUCAAGCUUGGCAACUGUGAAUUUCUUACCCAAAUAUUUUUCUAGUAAUUGGAGUUUCUGCAAGUUUACUAUACCAAAUGGGCCUCCAUGCAUUUGUGCAUUUGGAGUAGAUAAGAGUUCUAUAAUAGUAAUUUGUGCUGAUGGAUCAUACUACAAAUACAAAUUCAAUGAAAAAGGUGAGUGUACAAGAGAUGUAUAUGCCCAGUUUCUGGAAACAUCCGAGGAUAGAUAAAUAAAUGCUGCAAUGAUGAAGCUGGAUGAAAUAAGUCAGCCAAGUUUAAUGGACUUCAGUGAUGUUUUCUUUUUGACUUACAUGUAAUUGGCAUCGAAGGGUCUGGGUAAAAUUGGCAUUGUUUUUAUUUUAUUUUAGCAGCAACAAAUACCUUUAAUGGAAGGAACACAUAUUAUUAAAGGAACAAUACAUUUUAUGGACCACAUAGUUACUCACGAAUAAAAUCUGUGUCUCGCCUAUCUAGAUAAUUGAUUUUAUUGGUUUCAAAAAAUAAAAGAUACCCAUUAGAUGUUUUAAGGUUAAGGUUUUACUCGCCUCAUAAUCUAUAGAGGGAUUCGUAACGGCAUUUGUAAUGAGUACAAACAAGUAAUGAUUAAUACAAAACAAUAAUAUGCCUGCUGCUAAAAUAAAAAACGACGCUACGAACUUCCCAAUGGCCAUUGAUGUCUCGCCCUUAUUUUAUAAUGACUGAGAAAUUAUAAAUUGAUUUGUUAAGUAGCUAUGACAAAAAACCUUUUUUCGGUAAAAGGGGUUUGCCUAUAGAUAUGAAAUUUUAUUGUGGUAUAGUCAAUGACCGCAAAUAAACACGACAUAUGCGAGUAAAAGGAAGUGCACAACUUGCUGUAUAAUUUAAGGAGUUUCAACAGACAUACGAAAACGCUAUUUCAUCUUACGCGUAUUUCUUCCAUUAAAAAUGUCCUUAUAAGUGACAGACAAAAUUAAAUAUCCUACAUAAAAGUUUGAAACUCCUAGGUUGAGUUGGCACAUUCCUACAAUUGGAUUAUUUGCAUUAAUAUUGUAAGUAAUUUAAUUAAAAUAUGAGGCUCACUUUUGCUGAGGCGAGAAUGAUUGUUUCGGAAAAAGUCCGCUUCUCAUUUUCAGUGUGUAAACCCUAUUUUAUUAGUAAUAGACACUAGUUUUUUGGAUAGAUGACGAAUACUUACGACACGGUGCAGAUUUUUUGUAUUUUAAGUAUGUUACAGAUAAAAGCAAGUUUUUUAACUUUAUAAUGUAAAUUAUAAUUAUAGAAGAAUUCAAUGACUUACAAAUAUUGCAAGUUACGAACGUGUCACUCGAACAUUAUGUAAUGUUGAAAUUAAAUUUUUAAUGUGAUUUUCAAAAUCAGUACAACUGAAUUUUAAUAUAAUUACCUAUAUUUGUCAAAAUCUAUUGCGUGUUGUGUUUAACUUCAUAAAUGUUAUUGAUUUAAAUAAACAUUACAAAAUGUUAUCUUUAAUUUUGCAAAUCAUAAAUGCAUCAAACAUGUCCUACAAGGUCUAAAUGAAAUCGCGUAUAUCUUGAAAGGUUGGUUGGUUGCAUCAUAAAUACAUCACUUAGAUUAAUUAAUACCACAAAUGUUGUCCCGUUCUAAGAGGGAGAUUGGAUGCUUUAGGCAGCAUCAUAAAAGUACUUCACAACAUUCAAAAAUCCAUAUUGACACUGACUGAAAUUUUGCGAUAACAUAAUGAACUGAUAACAAUGAGAAAUCUACGAUUUCAUUUACAUCAUGUAUGAUUUGGACAGAUUGUCUGUAUGACUGAACAACUAUGUUAACAACAAAUUAUUAAGAAAUAAACUGUAUGUAGUACUUAUAAUAUAUUUUUAGGACUUCUUGAUGCUUGAAAUUAAGAAUGUAAAAUAUUUUACAACAUAAUAAUUAAUUCAAUGCUUCUUCUUAGUAUUUCUUUUUUUUAUUAGCCAAAGAUAUCAUAUCAUCGGUGUUUAUCCUAUCAUCAUAAUACUGUUUAGUCCUAAGUCAAAGUUGACUAAACUUGUGAAAGAAAAUUAGCCUAAAUUCUUAACUCUAUACUCUAUUGAUAAAAUUGUAGAUGAGAAAAAUAAUGAUUGAUUAUUUAGUACAUAUAUUAUAAUGUGCAUGGGCUUAUUUCUAAGUUCAUUUCCUUUUGUGUUAUUUUACUGUCAAUAAGUAUGGAUUUUUUGUAUGAAGGAUUGAUAUAUUGAUCGUGUGUGAUGAAAGUUUUAACUUCUAGAACUUGAGAAUCAAAAGUACCUUAUUAAAAUUUAUGGAAGUGAACUUACAAAAUAUUACCAUGGAUAUUUGCCAAAAAUAGACAACUAUGACUGUUUAUAUGUUUUGACAUUAAUAUUGUAUUCAUUUAUGUACUUUUGUAUGCUGAUAUCAUAAAAAUAAUAUUUUCAAUCAUAUAGCUAUACUCAGGAUACCUACUUACAUGUUAAUUCAUUAUUUUUCAAGCAGUAUGCAAAGCAGCAUAGUGCAAUAUUUAAAGGCCUUUAUCAAACUCACCUUGUAUUUCUAAAGCACCUAAAUGUUAUAUUUUUUCUUGACUUAUGAAUACUUUAUUAGAUUAUUUCGCAAGGCACUAUUCAAUCCCACGACAGGACCAAUUUAAAAAUGUAUUUUAAUGUUCAUUCAGUUAAUAUAGGUAAGUUUAAAUAAUGAGUGCUUAUUUGUUAUUACAAAACACAAUAUUACUACUUAUAUUCUUUUUUAGACUACAAUUUUCUUUAACUUGUGCAAAUCAAUGUUCAUGUUGGAAAAUAAUGCUAGAAUUCAUAUAUUCGUGAAUAGAGGUAACCAUUCCCGUUUUUGUAAGGUUUUAUUUUAAAAUACGAAUUAUAAUUUGCUUUACACAACAUGUAGCCUUUUGUGAUAUUAAGCAUACAGGAAUCCUAUCAUAAUCUGCUGCUAUGUAAUAAACGAAAUAUUUUUAUAAAUAUCCAAA